AUGAUUUUUUAUCUUAUAAUUACAAUUUUAAGUUUAGCAAUACAAAUAAACAAUCCGAAGAAACAGAAACUACCAAAAAAUCAACCAAUAAGGAAUUUAUUUUCAAAAUUUAGAGAAAUAGUUUCAUCUAUAAAUCCAUUUAAAAAGUCAAACACUGAAUUAAAUAUUAAAACAAACAAUAAAACAAUUAAGAAUACAAAAGAUGUAGAAAUAUGUCUUUCAUUUAUAAUUCUGUAUUGGAAAAAACUAAAAAUAACAGAAAAUGAUAAUUUAAUAAAGAUUAGUGUUGAUGAAGAAAUAAAAUUUUCAAAGACUAAAAUUAAAAUAACAAUAGACAAAGAAUCAUUUAAAACUAUAAAAUUAGUAAUUAAUAUGUUAAAAAAUGAUAAAAAAAUAUUAAAGGAUGAAAUAAUAACAGUUCUAGAUAAAAACAAUGAGUUAAUAACAUAUUUCAAUAAAUAUGAAGAAAGAGUGUUUGUAGAAAAAAGAAAUGAUGAAAUAAGCUUUAAUUUAACCAAUUAUGGAAAUAUUGAUUAUUUUAAUAAAUUAACAGAAUAUUUAAAAGAAAAGGAAAUAAUACAAAAACAUGAAUUUGAUAAUACUUUAUGUUAUGAUUCAGAUUCAAUAGUUUUUAAAAUAUGCACACCCUCAUUAGAUUUUAUGUUAUUUAAAUGGGAAGAAGGAAUAAACAUGAUAGAAGCAGAGGAAUUUAAAGAGUAUUUUAAAUAA